AUGACCGGAGGAAAGAAGUUGUACCAGUGUAACCAAAUGAAUCGUUUCUUUGGACUUGUGCUACUGCUGUUAUGUUUCAAUGGUGGUAGUAUUGUUGAAAUGGGAGGGGAACAAGAGCUGAGAAAUGAAUGUCAUCAAAGUGAUGAUGGUAAAUGCGGUCGAAUCGCGAGAGAGCAGGUUGGAACAGGUGGUUUGGAUUUGAAAACGCAGGAAGCGGCAUUACGACAUCGUCCAGACAUUGUGAUCGCUACACCAGGACGACUGAUUGAUCAUCUUCAUAAUGCUCCUAAUUUUUCACUUGCUGAUGUGGAGAUUUUGGUUUUGGAUGAGGCAGAUCGAAUGCUGGAUGAGGCUUUUGCUGAUCAAAUGAAAGAAAUUAUAAAUUUAUGUGCGCAAAAUAGGCAGACAAUGCUGUUCUCAGCCACAAUGACAGAUCAGGUCAAAGAGUUGGCAGCUGUCUCUUUAAAAAAUCCGGUGAAAUUAUUCAUCACUGGUAAUACGGAAACAGCUAUGAAUCUCCGGCAGGAAUUCGUACGUAUACGGGAAAAUCAUGAAACUGAUCGGGAAUGUAUUGUAGCAGGGCUAGUCACACGGAAUUUUCCUGAUCACACAAUUAUAUUCGUGAAAACGAAAAGAAGUUGUCGACGACUCCAUGUUGUACUAGGUCUAUUGGGAGCUAAGGUUGGUCAACUCCAUAGUGGCUUAACACAAAAGCAACGUGUUGAAGCAUUGUUUCGAUUUAAAAAAGCUGAACUUGACGUGCUAGUUUCAACAGAUCUCGCAGCAAGAGGACUUGACGUGGAAGGUGUUAAGACAGUUAUUAAUAUGGAUAUGCCCACUACGCUGAAGCAAUACGUUCAUCGAGUUGGUCGAACUGCUCGAGCGGGUCGUGUAGGACGGUCCAUUUCUCUGGUGGGUGAAAGUGAAAGAAAAAUUCUGAAGGAAAUUAUUGCUUCGAAUAAAGGAAGUUCCUUGAAGCAACGGCUCAUCAGUGCUAAUGUGAUCGAAGCUUAUAAGAAUAGGAUUGACAGUUUGGAAAAAAGUAUUGAAAGAAUCAGAGAGGAGGAAGAAGCAGAAAGAACUCUGCGACUUGCACAGGAGGAGUUGCGAAGAGGUAAGGCAAAACUGGAAGGGAAUGUGGAGAAACGACGAUGGAUGAAGUUGCAGAAACCGUUGAUUGGUGAGAAAAAUGCGAAGAAAAGUAAGCGUCAUGAUGAAGUCAGAAAUGAGGAAGAAUUACGAGCUCGACAAGUGGCUGAAUUUCAAGUGCGUGCAGCGAAACGUGCAAGAAAGGGAAAAAAGUUACGAGCUAUCAGGGAAAACAGUGAUGAUACGAGUGGGAAAAGGAAGAAACGGAAGUCUAAGAGUUCAUUCACAAGCGAAUUAACAGACGUGAGAAAGAAAUCUAUAAAACGAUUUAGAUAUGGGCCUGAAGAUGCAGAAUUCAAAGCAGCAAAGAUGAAAAAAGCAGCGCGAAGAACCUUGAAUUGA